GAUGCUUUAAAAUUGGUCGGCUACAUAGAUAGCUAAGGUUAAUUAUUAAGCCCUACUACCCCAAAACAAUGGAAAGAAGCAAAAUACAAGUGCUUUAUGAUGCUAGCCAUGCCGUGUUUUCUCAAGAGGGGCUUCCAACUUUUCAACAAAUCGAUUAUGUCAAAAAUUUGUUAGACAAAAUUGAAGCUAUGGACGUAGGAAUCGACGAGUUCGGGUUGUGUGAUUCUCCAACAUCAGACGCAACCGUUGAUAGCAGCAACAGCAAGGGUUUGCUUGGUGGACAAGGAUUCUCUGAGAUCACAUACAUUCACAUUCAUGAAUGUGACUAUUUCUCAAUGGGUGUGUUCUGUAUUCCAGCAGGAAAAGUGUUUCCACUUCAUGAUCACCCGGGAAUGACAGUGUUGAGUAAGCUCUUGUAUGGCUCUGCCUAUGUCAAAGCUUAUGACUGGAUCGCAUUGGAUUGUGCUGGAAGCCAAACAAUAGGAUUGGCUGGGAGGGUAGUGGAUGAAGUAUUCAAAGCACCACAUGAGCCAUCCAUAUUAUUUCCAAGAAGUGGUGGCAACAUUCAUUCUUUCACAGCGUUGACGCCAUGUGCAAUACUAGACGUGCUAUCUCCACCAUACUCUGAAGAGUUUGGAAGGCCUUCCACUUACUUCUCAGAUAUCCCUAUCCCUUCUCUUAAUGGUUAUGCCAUACUUGAAGAGAAACCAAUGCCUAGUGAUCUAGUUGUUCAAGGAGCACCAUACCUUGGACCUUCAAUUGUAACCGUGGACGAUUAUGUGGGUGUUUGAGUUGUCGUUGGGGUCCUCAAAAUCGGGUUUUGAAAAGAAUCAGGGGGAGAUAUCUUUUGCAAACGGUCGUUAGAUCUGUAUGAAGACAUGUGCUGCCACAUAAUGAACGACAAUUCAAACAUAGCCGGCAACUUCGAUCAAAUCAAUCAAUUUUGAUAAUCAUGUGUAAAUGUGUAAAUUGAGUGUUUGUGUGUACAUAAGUUCUUAUAUCUAAAUGUAAAUAUUUUUUUUAA